CUGCACAGUGUGGCAGAGUAUUAACUCUCACUUGCCCGUUUCUUUCCCUUUGAUGAUCUCUUCAGCUCUCUCUUUUCAUUACAUAGAUUUAUUUAUUUAUUUUUCUUUCAAGUUUUGGUGUCUUGUUUUUACUUCCAACACAGAGGAAAGGAAGAAUGUCUAGUUUUGUUUUCCUAUCUCUGUUAUUUCUUCUUCUCCAACGUCCUCUCCCAUCCCUCUCAAACUCUGAAGGAGACGCUCUUUAUGCCUUCAAAACAAGACUUUCUGACCCCAACAACGUACUGGACAGCUGGGACCCAUCUCUCGUCACUCCUUGUACCUGGUUUCAUGUUACCUGCGACUCCAACAAUUACGUCACUCGCUUAGACUUGGGCCGAUAUAACUUGGGCGGAACUUUGGCCCCAGAACUUGCCCACCUACCCUAUCUCCAAUACCUGGAGCUCUAUGGGAAUAACAUAACUGGAAACAUUCCUCAGGAACUUGGUAACUUGAUCAACCUUAUUAGUAUGGAUUUGUCUUAUAACCGAUUCCAAGGGAACAUCCCGAAGUCAUUUGGCAACUUGAAGUCUCUUAAAUUCCUAUGGCUCAACAACAACCAGCUGACAGGAUCUAUCCCAAUAGUUGUCAGCACUCUUAAUCUCCAAGUCUUUAAUGUCUCUAAUAAUCACCUCUCAGAACCACCCGUAGAUGGCAACUUUAAAUCAUUCCCGAUGGAAAGAUUUGAGAAUAACAAAUUCAGUGGCCCAGAGCUGAAAGGACUGAUUCCUUCUGACUGCAAAGAAGAAGCCAUCUUUACAUAGGCUGCUAGCAGUAUCAGAAAUGUAGUAUGUCAUACUUGAAUGUCGAUGUAUCUAAAAAAAUAAGAGUUGUGCUGUUCUUACUUGUUAUACUUACUUGAAGUACAAGGCUCUAAUAAUUUAUUUCCAAUCCCUCCGUGUUAUCUUGGAUCAAUAGAAAUGCUUUUAAUGAUCUGUUUGGCAAAAGAAGAAACACAAGCAGGAUUGUCAUGCGAAACGAAACUCUACAAAUUACGUGACAGUUCUUAAAGUUCACGGGAAAA